AUGCUCAUCCUGAUCUCCUGCUCCGUAUCCUACAACUCCACUGGGGGGUACACAGGCAUAACUAACAUGGGAGGAAUCUACUAUUACCAGUUCGGGGGGGCUUACAGUGGCUUUAGCGGUGCGGAUGGAGAUAAGGCCCAGAAAUUGGACGUUGAGUUUUACAACUUGAAGCUGCCUACUGUCACAGCUUCCAUGGCUUUUGGGGGAGCCCUCAUGGCCUUCUGCUGCCUUCUUGUCCUGCUUGGGGUGCUGCGGGUUCCUUGGCGGUGGCCGGUAUGGCUCUUGGUAGAAUGUGUCUUGGAUAUCGCCAUUGCUAUAGGCUACAUCCCCGCUCUGUAUUUUUACUUCCAACGGCUACAGAAUGCUUAUAAUUCCCAAGUGUGCAAGGACCGUGAGGCUCUCUAUAGCAGUAAAGGUUACCAAGGCUUUACCUGUGCUUUCCAUGCCGCUGACAUUGCUGCUGCCCUCUUCGCUUGCAUGGCCAUCAUUGUCUUCUUCAUGAGCGCUUUCCUCGCCGUUAAGGGCUUCCGGACUGUCCGCCAAAUGAAAAAGAAGCCAGUCACCACGCUUGAGUUUUAG